AUGAUUGCGCUGGCUGACUUGCCAUUUAGCUUCGUGGAAUCUCUUGGAUUCGAAAGACUUAUGAAGCACCUGUGUCCAUCCUAUAAUUUAAAGUCUCGUCAGUAUUAUACUACGUUUAUCUGCGAUAAAUUAUAUGGCAAAGUCAGCCAGAAAAUACUCGAGUUGCUGAAGUCCUUUGAAAAAAUUUCAUUUACAAGCGACAUCUGGUCUGAUUCUUGCUCUGGGGUUUCGUUACUGAGUUUAACCUGUCAUGGAAUUACAGAAGAAUUCGAAAGGAAAAUGAUAGUUUUAAAAGCAGAAGUGUUUAAUGACGGCCGCCAUACAGGAGAAAAUAUUAUGGAAAAACUUGAAGGUAUUUUAUCGACCUGGGAAAUACCUAAAGAAAAAGUAAAAUGUGUAGUUCGGGAUGCAGGAGCAAACAUGAAAAAAGGUGUUUCCUUAUUAAAUGUUGAACACAUUGACUGCGCUUCACACAAGAUUCAAAACGUGUUGAAAGAAGGGAUGAAAGCUCAAGAAACUUUCAUAACUACUAUAACGAAAUGUAAAAAGAUCGCAACACAUUUUCAUCAUUCGAAUUCUGCUCAAGACGAGCUUAGUAAAUUACAGAAAAUAUUUAAUCAAACACCUCUCAAGAUUAUACAUGAGUGUGUUACUAGAUGGAAUAGCACCUUUUAUAUGUUGCAGCGUAUUUUGGAAGUUCAAGAGGCAGUUUGUCUUUACGCAUCCACAACAAACAAUAAAAUUCCUCAACUGACUUCCGAAGAGUGGAUGAUCAUAAAAAAACUUGUUGGUUUACUCAAACCUUUUGAAGAUAUAACUAAAGAAUUAAGUUCGGCCAAAGUUUCUGUAUCAUCAGUGAUCCCCUUAAUUGCCACUUUGCAAAAAAUUCUUGAUGAUUUUGAUUCUACCGAUGAACACAUUGGUGAAACAAUAAAUGUAUUGAGAGAGGAGCUCAGUCACAAAUUUGGAUUUUUGGAAAACGAAAUAUUGUUUGUCACGGCGACCUUCAUUGAUCCAAGAUAUAAAAUCAAGUUUUUUAGAAAUAACUCGAUUAAAGAUCGUGUCAUACAACAUAUUUUGGAUUUGCUUGGAGACAGUGAAACAAGUGCACCUUUAAGUUCGCGUAAUGCAAAGCGUGCUAGAUUGAAUGAAACUGAAAAUUCCACUACAUAUAAACGUGUUUCUUUUAGGGAAACAAUGGAAUCACUGAUGGACGAUACCAGUGACAGCGAAGAAGAUGACGUUGACGACAAAAUGACCAGAAUCCUGUUCAUCUUUUAA